ACGUAUUUUUGUAUUCAAUGGCACGUAGUGUGCGAUCUUUGUCGUCGUCUGCUUUGCUGAGAGAUUCUGGGGAAAGUCCUCCAUCAUUGUUGAUCCUAUUUCGUGAUUUAUCGAUUAUGAAACAACACUCGGUGAAUCGGUCUCCAACGCCUGAGGAAGACGAGAAGGAGGAGCUCACGCUUCGAGAAAUCAUCAACAUCAAGUUGGUGGAGAGUGGAGAGAAAGAGAAUCUGAUGGAGCUGGUGAGAGAUAGAUUGGUGGAGUCUGGUUGGAAAGAUGAGAUGAGAAUCGCUUGCAGGGAGCAUGUAAAGAAGAAAGGGAGAAAAGAUGUUACAGUCGAUGAACUGAUACGAGUCAUCACUCCCAAAGGCAGAGCUUCAGUACCGGAUGCUGUCAAGGAAGAGCUGUUGAACAGAAUCCAAAACUUCAUUCGAUCAGCUGCUCUUUAAUUGAUCCAAGAUCAUUUACCUACGAAGAUGAUGGUGGUUUCUACUUGUAACCAACACUAACCAAUGUAUCAUCUUUGCUGUUGUAGAAUUAGCUUUUCCUGUCUCAACUCUUUUAUGUACCAAAUGAAACGAUGCCAUCCUUAAAAGUUACAGGAUAUCAUAUCUGUUUUUUUUUUCA